AUGGCUUGUAAAACAACUUUCGAACUCCAUCACAAUUUUCCAAAAUUAGCUGAAGAGUCUGGAUUCACAUUCAAUACACACAAGCCACGUGUACAUAUUGAAUGGAGAAAAAUAAAAUUGAUUGACAUAGAAAACGUAAUAAGGGAUAGAAAGUUUGUUGUUAUUGAACAACACAUUAAUGAUAUUUUAGACUGCGCUUUGGAGUCAGAAUUUGAUGUUCGCAUACUUGACGAAGGUGUUUUAAAAAUGUUUCGUUUGGCUCAAUUAGCAGUCGAAUAUCAACAGUUCUGCCGGCAUUAUCUUGAUCGAAGUGUAUUCGUACUUCGAGAACAAGUCACAAACUUAUUAAAGGAACUUGAGUUAAAUAAAAAACUUUUAAGAGACAAAGACGAUGAAAAUAAAAGAUUGAAGAGAAAAUCAAAACAUAGUGUACGCACUCCCCUUCCUUAUGGAAAUGAAAAUAUUGCGACCAUGAUAUUGAAGACAUUGAAUCAAAAUAAAGGCGAUAUUUUUAAUUCUUCUGCCCAACUAGAUGCAAUGCAGUAUAAUAAAUGUAAUUAUUGUGAAAAAGUUUUUAUGAAUCAACUCUAUUUAAAAAGUCACAUCUCUAGGCGACAUGAACAAGUUUUAGAAAUACCUCAAAAAGAUAUAACAGAUAAUAACCAAAGUACAGAUAAUAUGAAUGAAAAAUUAAACAAUGAAAUUACCGAUUUAAAAGUAAAAUUAAAACAAAUGGAAGAUUUAAUGGAGAAUAUGAGAAAAUUCAACAAUACAACGAAAGAUGAAGCCUCCUCCUCUACUUUAGCUGAGAAAAGUAGAAAUGAAAAUGAUGAGAAAAUAACAAACACCCAAAUUAAACAGAUGAGAGAUGCAGAAGUGAUUGCCAACGAAGAAGGCUAUAUACUAGAUAAAAUAGAAGAAUGGAAAAAAGAAGAGCAUGACAAAUACAAUGAAGAAAUCAAACUUUUACGUCAGCAGAUUAUUGACAUUAUAAGCAAGAAAGAUAAACAAGACCAUAUCGCUGUAAAGAAUGAAUUAAAAUUAAUGGAGGAUCUUCAAAACACAAUCAAGCAACAAGGAGAUGAAAUAGUAUCACUUAAAGAUAAACUUCUAAGCGAACAAAACAAUGAAGUUGAAAAAAGAAAGGAAAUUGAGACUCAAAUGGCGUAUUGGGUUAAGAGAGCUGAAAUGCAAUCAAAUGAAUACAAAUCAUUAUUGCAAAAAUUGAAUGAAGUGGCUCAUGAAGCCAGGGAAUAUAAAGUCAAAGCAGAAACGGAAAAAGAAAAAGCAGAAAACUUGCAAAGGUUGUUAUUACAGCAACAAUACGAUACGUCUCCAAAUCGCAAUCAACGUUCACAAAAUAAAGGUGCACCUGAUGAGAAAAAUACAGAAGACAAAAUAGAGAAAGAUGAACCUGACAAGGGUAUGAACAAAAAAAUAACAAACCCCAAUAAAAGUCCAACUGCUGACAUACUGACCUUAAAAAAACUUCAACAAAAAGCACAGGAACUUUUAAACAUGGAUCAAUCCACUACUAGUGAUAAUUCAAUCACAAGCGAUCAUAAGUCAAAAACUAAGCAGAACAGCAAAGAAAAUAAAAUUAGCAACAAGAAAAGACGUAAGCGUAAAGACACUAUUAUAAUCAACUCUAAGGGAAACUUUAAAACUCACGAAAAUGAUGAUAACUUACAGAAAAAAGAUAUAGUUGAAAAAAAAGUUAAAACUAAGUCUAAAACCAUCGAUCAGGGAUCUAAAAAAAUAAACGGUUUUGCCCAUACUCCUGCAAGCCCUAUAAAAGUGGUCAGAGCAAAAAUAACAGAGGAAGUCAAUAAUCGUUUAAUUUCAUUAGGAGUUGAUCCACUUAAAAAUCGAAUUCCACAGAACGUUUUCAAGAAACAACGCAAGAACUUGCUUGAACAACAGCAAGCUAAAACUAAGAAAAUUCCAUCGCGAGAAAGAAUAAUGCAUUCUAUAAUAACUCAUUUGGAUGAAAAUGCAACAAAUACAAGUUAUGAUCAGAGAUUUCAAGAAAUUUCUCCUAACAAAUCGAAGACUUUUAGCCUUUCCUCCGUUUUAUCAAACGUGAAGACAAAGGCUUUAUCUUUGGUUAAACAAAAUGAGGCAAAUAACAAGUUUAACAAAACUCAAGAUGAUUUAGUCAAAACUGCAACAGCUUUGCUAAAGACACCUCCAGAGUCCAUUAAUUCAAGCCCGGUAAUACAGCGACGGGCCAACUUUAACUUGUCAAAUAAAACUGUAGGUGAAAUGAAAGAAAAUCAAAGAAGCAGUUCUCGACAAAAAUCUAAAUUAUUGCCUUUAAAUAAAAACUCGAGACAUGAAAAUGAGCAUGAAGAAAGCAGUACCGAAAGUACCGAGGAUAGUGAAUAUAGCGAUCAACAUGAAUUAAACCUAGACAACACGUCAAAAAUAAUAAAUAAUCUUAUUAAAUCACCAGUACGUAAACCAACUGACAAUGUAACUACCAGCCUUGAUGCAAAUCACAAAAAUGUUACGUCUCCUAAAACUCAAGGGAUUAAUAAUCAACAACCAUCUAUUAUGGACACUUCCAAAAUUAGCAGUGACGAUAUAGAUUCGAUAUCUUCUCCUAAAAAGAACUCAUCUUUAGAUAACAUUGCUAAUACAAAACACACGAAGGGAGUUUUAAAAAGUGCAUCAUCUAUUUCAUCACUCAACAAGAAGAAGGUAUUGUUUGACAUGGACGCGAUACAGAUGAAACUAAUGAGUGCGUCACCAUCACAGAGUAUAACUGAUAAAAGUGAUAAAAACGAUCAAUACGAAUUAGGGGUAGAAAAUCUGGAUACAGAGGAAUGGGAUAUUUCAAGCAUCGAAAACGAACCCGCAAACACGACCGCAAAGAUUCAAAUCUCAACACGUACGAGUCCGAAGAUAGCAGAGUUGAAACAGACUAUUGAAUCUCAAUUAACGAAAAGGAACCCAAAACUAUCUACAACUAUCGUCGGCGGAGUUGAUGUUCUAGCUACUCCCAUACAGAAAGCCAGUUUCGGGGGCAGCAACACUAGUCUAGGGAGUUCAAUUCUAGACGAUGACAGUCUUCCUCUCCCAACACGUAACGCUUUCUUGAAACCGAAGAAAGUGACAGAAAAAGAUGACAGUGAAAUAGAAAUUUCUGAUUUAAUUGAAACCAGUAUGAGUAACAAGAAAUAUAAUAAGUAA